AUGCCAGCCACAGAAGCCAGGCUCAGAAUCCCACGACCGGUCAAGUCUGGCACAGCCUCCACCAAGCACGGUCACGAGAAGCAUGCGAGGCUCGUCCCCUAUCCCCAGCCACGACACACUGAACACCCACACACCAUCCUGGCACAACAGCCCAUCCCCCUCCCGCACCCCGUGCUCAAUCACCGCACAAUGGGCUGCAUGAGCAGCACCCCCACAACCGGGCUCGGCGACAACGAGCCCGCCCGAUUCAGCGGCCAGCCCGCGACAGGCCACACCAGCAGCCACGGCGGCGCAUACGCCAUGGGCGGCCCCGGCGCCGCGGCCGGCACUCCCUACGGCGGGCACGGAGGCAGCUACGGGGGCGACUAUGGCGGCGGCGGAGGAGGUGACGGGGGAGGGGGCGGUGGAUGCUGA